AUGGCCGCGUCCAAUUCUCGAAAGCGAGCAAGGGUCGUGAAGGAAAAACUCGAUUACUAUGCCAUCUCUUGCCACAUCCAUCGGGAGCGACAGCGUCUCGAAUUCCCAAUUCUUUCACCGUUUCGCGUCAUUUACAACACCACGGAUGAUUGGAGCAGGUUCGACAACGAGUUCAAUAACCCAACCUUGUGGGCCGUCAACUACGGAACCUGCUUGUGUGCAUUCACCAUGACCUAG